CCCACGGGAGCUGCGUGUAUCAAGAUCAGCGACAUCUUGGGGUGGACGAGCGAGCUCUCUGGCGAUUUCUCCUUCGGCGGCCAAGCCGACCAACUGCCGGCAGUUCCCGGCAUAUUUGUCGAUGGAGUGGGGCCCGUUCCAGUGCCGUCGUGGAAGGAGAGAGCCCAGAGACUCAUCGAGAAGUGCACGAUGUCUCCGUUCGGCCACAACAUGGACACAAAGAUGGACGAGAACGUUCGGAAGAGCUGGGAGUUGCAGUCUGAUCAAGUUCAGUUCAAGAAUCCGCUGUGGAAGGCAGGGAUUGAGAAGAUGGCGGUGACUAUUGCGGAUCGACUGGGGUACAAGGAUAUUCCGCUG